UCAUUACUCCACCGCGGAGGGUCUGUUAUAAAUAUCAUUUCGCUGUUUCAUGAUCUCCGGUCAGACUGAAAUAUGACGGAUUUCACUCUGAUCAGAAAGAAGGAAGAAGACAAACGCGGACAUGUUCAGCUGUGGAGCUCUGCAGCAGGAUGUGCAGGCAAAGCUUGGAGAGGACGUCACUCUUCAGUGUCAGAUCUCCAAACAUGAAACCAUCUCAGUGCUGAAGUGGAGCAGAGCUGACCUGAGCACAGACGGCUACGUCUACUUCUACAGGAACAGGCGCUCCUAUCAAAACUUCCAGCAUCCAUCUUUCCACGGCCGAGUGAAGCUGAGGAACCCGGAGAUGAAGGAUGGAGACUUUUCUCUGAUCCUGCAGAACGUCACGUUUAAUGACACUGGGAUAUAUGAGUGUCACAUAGCAGUGAGGAACUCUGGGAGCAGUAACAGAGCUCACUCUGAGAUCAGCCACUUCAUCAACCUCACAGUCACAGGUGAAACUCAUGAAGACAUGUUGCAGCAGGAACUCCCGGAAAAAGAAGAUGGAGAUGGAAACAUGCAGUUUGGAGCUGCCAAUCUUCAGAUCAUUGUUCCUGUCGUUGUUGUUGUUGUUGGUGUACCUGUGGUUGUUGUUGUUGUUGUAGCUGUGGUUGGUUUGGGGGCACUCUGGCAAUCUAAUGAAAAUAAGAAGCAUCGUCGAGUCAGGUGUCUCAGUGUGUGACUGGAGUGUGUGUGGACUUUUAUUUAUCCUGCCUGCUUCUGUGUCAGAGGUGGAAAAAGUACACACAUUCUGAACUUAAGUCGAAGUACAGAUACAUGUGUAAAAGUUGAAGUACUGGUUCAACUUCUUUGCCCAAGUAAAAGUAAAAAGUACAGAACAGAAUAGAAUAGAUUAGAACUUUGUCAUUAUACAUACAACAAAAUUAAUCAUCAUACAUACAUCAUUCAGAACAACCAUCCAAGAGUAGGACAGACAAGACUAACAUAGGGGAGAUGGGUGUCUGCAGCCUCGGCCACUAGGGGGCCGCCAGCAGAAUCAAUCCCAGGAAAGGGAAGACAGAAACAAUGGGAGAGUUAGGUUAAAAAAAAAUCAUCUUGUACUGUGCUCAUAAUGAGCACCUUACAAGGUUCCACAAAAACACCUCAGCAAAAGCAUAUCGCACAUUCAAAGCCUGGGAUAGCAACAAGGUGAGGCGGGAGGGGUAGGUAUGGGGAUGCCGACAGGAGACGAGAGGGUCAGGGCAUUGUGGCGCCAGGACCUAGCUCCUGCCUCAACAGUUUGCUGAUAGUGAUGGACGUGCGUCAGUGGUCGUGGUAGUCCAGAUCCCAGUUCACACAAAACACAGAAGGAAGGUAGGGGCAGGGGAGUGCAUCUGCUGUCACGUCGAUAUAUAUGUAUAUAUAUGUGUAUAUAUGUAUAUAUGUAUAUAUAUAUAAAAUGUGAAUUAUAUAAUAUAUGUAAAUAAUGUGAAUUAUAAGUAUUUAUGUUUGUAUUACACACAUUAUUCAUAUAA